AUGAAUUUAGUGGGCAACUCGUGCAAAUCUGGCUAUGUGUUGCUCUAUGGGAAUAUCUGUUGUCGCUGCUCAGAAUUCGACUGUAUCCGCAGACUGCAAAAUCAGGCACAUCAGACGAAAGACUUUUACAACGUGCUUGAAAUUAGCCGUAAUGCCAAUCAGAGCGACGUGAAAUCUGCGUUUUACAGACUAUCGAAAAAGUACCAUCCAGAUAGCAACUGUGAUUUGGACAGUAAAACUGCUGCCAGGAAGUUUCAAGAGAUUAGCGAAGCUUAUGAAACCCUGGGAAAUUCAAAAAAGCGUUGCCAGUACGACGAAUCACUGUCAGCAGGUGCCGUCGCUGUCACUUUCGACCGCUCACCGUUUCGACAGCCUCCCGGUGCUGGGGUCGAUACCGCAUACAUGAACGAGUUUUACGAGUUUCAGCGCCGCAUGCGGAUGCGUCGGUCGGCAGCGUCGAUGGCAAAUAAUCAUUCUCCUCCAGACUUCGAGGCCUUUCAUCGACAGUACCAGAAGCAUAUUAUCAAAGAGGCAGAUGAAGGGGAGUCAGCUUUCUCAAGUAGUGUGGCUAGUGACUGGACCCAAACGGGCCAGCACAGAGCUCGGAUGGCGGCUUAUCGACGAGAAAUGUUCCACCCUAUGCUGAUAGAAGAUCUUGCUGGUGACCUUGUCAAUGCUGUAAAUGUUGAAUUUUCAAUCAUUAUUAUAGUCAACUUGGAACCAAGACAGCGGAAGGAAAAGAACUUACCGUAA